AUGGGCAAUCAGACUCAAGUCUCUGAAUUCGUCCUCGUUGGCCUCUUUGCACAGCCCCAGCAGCAGCAGGUCCUCUUUGGUUUAUCUUUCAGCCUGUACCUGAUUGGGGGUAUAGGGAACCUGCUCACCCUUUUGGCCAUCAUCUCAGACCCUCAGGUCCACAGACCAAUGUACUUCUUCCUCAGCAACCUUUCUAUUCUCGACAUCUGCUUUACCUCCACCACUAUCCCCAAGAUGCUGGCCAACCACCUGUAUGGCUGCACCACUAUCUCCUUCCCAGAGUGCCUGGUCCAGAUGUAUUUCUUCAUAGCCUUUGGGACAGCUGACAGCAUCCUUCUCUCAGUUAUGGCUUUUGACCGCUACCUGGCCAUAUGCUGCCCACUGCAUUACAUGGCCAUCAUGAAUACACUUUGGUGCACCUUGCUGGUGGCAGUACCCUGGGUCUCAGGUAACCUUGUCUCCAUGGUCCAUACAAUCCUGAUGAAUCACCUGUCCUUUUGCUCCAAUAGAAUCCCACACUUCUUCUGUGACCUCAAUGCCUUGAUCAAGCUCUCCUGCUCUGAUACACAAAUCAACGAGAUGCUGGUGCUGGUUCUCGGGGGCUUGGUGGUUUUGAUUCCUUUUGUGUGCAUCAUGACCUCUUACACACCUAUUGCUAUGGCUGUGUGGAAGGUGCCUUCAGCCCAGGGGAAGUGGAAAGCGUUCUCCACCUGUGGCUCUCACCUUUGUGUCAUCAUUCUUUUCAAUGGGACUAUCAUUGGUGUCUACUUCAACCCCACAUCCACACACUCCACUCCAAGGGACAUGGCACCCACAGUGAUGUACACUGUAGUUACCCCUAUGCUGAACCCCUUCAUCUAUAGCCUGCGGAACCAGGACCUGAAAGGUGCCCUCAGGAAACUUCUUGGAGGGAACCAUUUGGCUAAAUCUCUCUGA